GAAACAGGUGGGAUCCCCGGACUCCUCCAAUCACACCCUCCCUCCGUGCUGGGGGAUAGUCCAGGGCAGGAGGCAGGACCCAACCAACUUCCACACUCACCACAGGAAAAGUCGUGAAAACACAUCUGUCCCAGCGUGUCGCUGUUUCUGGUUCCUGCAUGUGUUUUUAAAGCUGUUACGGUGAAUAUUUGCAGGGCAGCAGUUCGCCGGAGGCUGGAGAAGUAGUUGCCGCCACUUGGCCGCUGUUGAGGGCGGUGUAGUAGCGUUGUAAUGCUGGGACAGUUUGCUGCGAUGGAGAACAUGUAACGUUACUAACCGGAUUUGGAAUUGUCUUUUCUUGGAUUACUCCCUCGACUCGACUCGGUUCAUUUCCCUUUGAUAUUCUCUUGGUUCCUCUGGUAGUGUGGAAGGUAAAUACUUUGAAAAUGCCUGGAAAAACAAAGUACAACCUCGUUGACGAUGGGCAUGAUUUGAGGAUCCCGUUGCACAACGAGGAAGCUUUCCAGCAUGGGAUCAACUUCGAGGCAAAGUACAUCGGCAGUCUGGAUGUGACGCGGCCGAGCAGCCGAGUUGAGAUUGUGGCUGCGAUGAGAAGGAUAAGGUAUGAGUUCAAGGUGAAAAACAUCAAGAAGAAAAAAGUCAACAUCGUGGUGUCUGUAGACGGCGUGAAAGUCAACUUGAGGAAAAAGAAAAAAAAGAAGGAGUGGAUGUGGGAUGAGAGCAAGAUGAUGGUGAUGCAGGAUCCCAUUUACAGGAUAUUCUAUGUGUCUCAUGACUCCCAGGAUCUGAAGAUUUUCAGCUACAUCGCCAGAGAUGGACAGAGUAAUGUCUUCCGCUGCAAUGUCUUCAAGUCCAAGAAGAAGAGUCAGGCCAUGCGUAUUGUGCGGACAGUCGGCCAGGCGUUCGAGGUUUGUCAUAAACUCAGUCUGCAGCACACGCAGCAGAAUGCAGAUGGACAGGAGGACUGCCACAGCGAAAAGAACGGCAACGACUCCUCUGUCACAGGCGUGCGUGCUUAUCCACCUGUAUGUGUGUGUACUUUCCUCGGCUCAGCUCGAGAGCUAACGGGCGCGGAGAAGACGGCGCCUGUCACCGAGGAGACGGAUAUCGAUGCGGAAGAGGUGAGCCAGGUACCGGCAGCAGAGGAGUUAAACCUCAAUAGAGGAGUGACUGAUUUGGAUGCCACAGCCAAGACACCUGACCUGAACCACUCAGAGAGCAAGGCUUCAGAGGAGGCCUCUCUGCUGAUGUCAAGCCCCAGGAUGCUGCUCCCUGCAUCAGGCACUUUGCCACCAGGUGCCCCCCUGUCUGUCCACCACCAGAUCCAGCUGCUCCAACAGCAGCUCCAGCAACAACAGCAGCAGACACAAGUGGCUGUGGCACAGGUCCACCUGUUGAAGGACCAGCUGAGUGCGGAGGCCACUGCGCGGCUGGAGGCACAGGCUCGAGUCCACCAGCUGCUGCUGCAGAACAAAGACCUGCUGCAGCACAUUUCCCUGCUGGUUAAACAGAUCCAGGACCUGGAGACCAAGAUGUCUGGACCAAACUCCAUGGGAUCUCAGGACAGUUUGUUAGAGAUCACCUUCCGAUCGACAGUAACGUCAGUGAUCUGCGACCCCACAACACCUAAACCUGAGAUGUCUGCCCUCAACCUGCCCGCGCUGGGCACCACUGAUGGGACCAGCAACGCCUUCUCAUCUUCCAAUGGGACUCUGGGAAGCCCCCUAGGUAGGGACCAGUGUCUUCUCAAACUGGAGUGUUUCCGUUUCCUCCCAGGGCCUCCGGCUCCUCGCCUCCCCUCGCCUCCCCCGCUGCUCAAGGCUAACAGGCCAGACAGCAAAGGUCAAGAGGUGUCUGAGGGCACAGCAAAGUUGUUGUCCUGUGAUGUCAAAUCUCUGGGCUGCCUGGACUUUGCCAGCUUUCGCGAGUCAGGUAUCGCCUCAGAGUACGAGUCGAACACAGACGACAGCGAUGACAGGGAGGAUGAGGAUGAGGGGGAGGACGAUGAGGAGGAGAUGGAGAUCUUUGGCUGGGGGACGGACGAGGAGACACUAAGGCUGCUUAAUGUUCUCAACAGACAGGGAACUCCUGACUGUCUGGGAGAUGAAAUAGCAGUGUAACUGCUCCCCUGAAGAAUCCUGUUGAGAUAAAACACAAUAGCCUUGACCUGUUUUUGUCCAUUCACUUCAAACUACUCUGUGGGAAUAACCAUGUAGCGAACUAACAUCUGUCAGACGUGCACAUUUAUAUAUACAAGGCUUACACCAAUAUAUUGGUGUAAUAUAGUUGCAAUUGCAUAUAAGAGAAAGGAACAACUCAAAUAGAUAAAUAAACAAAAACAAAUUUGCUGUAGGCGGAAGGAACUGAGGUAUAGACAACUUGAGUAGCCCUGAUCUGGUCAAAUUACAUAUCACAGUCUUUAUUUAUUUAUUUAUUCAUUUAUUGCACUGGUUAAGUUGCUAUAAGAACUUUCCCCUCCCUCCAGUGUGUCUGUUUUCACAUACAUAUCAUUAAUAUAUAUAUAUAUUUAUCAAAGUAUUUAAUACUUUUAUUAUUACUAUGUUGUAUUAAAGGCAUAAUGAGUAGGAUUUGUCGGAUGCUCUUUGUAAACACACGAUUCAAUGUUGGCCCUUCCUCAACGGCUCAACGAGCGAGCGAGACAGCAUCGGUGGUCGAUUGAGCUAGAGAGUGAAUGAGAGAGAGAGGGAGCGGCGUUAUCGAGAACAAAGCAGUGAAUCAGAGAAACGAAACGGUAUUUUCUGAUUGUUUCAUGGCAGUUACGUUCUAAAGCACAAAAAAAUACGGCCACACCUCCGCACAACCCUAUGGGAAGGAGCCACAUUGCCGGAUUUUGUGUGAAUGCAGCUGAAGCCAUGCUUCAUCCUGUCCGCUAGCCUCUGCUUUGCGUGUGUGUGUAGCUCAGCCCUGCUCUCAGUCAAACAGACACACAGACUGCCGCUAGUUUUUAUAGAGUCCUGACCUCACACCCUGCGCGCUGCCCAAAGGUUGACACGAAGAAACGUUUUUGUUUUUUAGGAAAAUCCUCCUCACUAUGCCUUUAAGUAUCAAGACUGUCAGACAGUCCUGGAUCAGGGCUAUGAAUGUACAGAGGCACCAGAAACAACUGGGUUUCCUGCUAAGUUUUAAAAUCAGCCUGAGUCCAAGCCGUCACACUCCACUCAGAGUCAGUGCACGUCGUCAGCUAGGGCAUAUGUCUGUAACUGUCACAUUUAUUUUCUGUUUGCUGCCAAAAAAAUACGUAGUUUAUUUACAGUCAAAUUCGUGUGGAUAAAAUAAGAAGAUAAUUCACUUCACAUUCAGUCGGAACACACCUUAAGAAUAUUAGUUUCACCUUAAGUAUCCCCUAUUGGUCACACCUGUAAUACAUGUGUCAAGAGACAACUGUGUGAAUCUAAUCUUUAAUCUAUAUGCAUACUCAUAUAGUCUUGUUUCUUAAAACCCAUUUUGCUUCUUUCCUUCCUUUUCUUUUGCCUCUUUUCUUGAUUACUCACACAGACCUCUUAUCCAUAUAUCACACACACUCCCAAAAUCUCCUCCCAGCUCUGUUGAUGAAUUUCAAUUUGAGAGCUCUAUAACAAAAUCCUCCCUUCGAAAAAUUUUAAUUGCAAGUUAGUCUGACUUUAUCAUGAAGAUAUCAGGAUUUAACAUGAAAUCAAACCAAAAGCUAAGGUUAGUUCAGAGGCAGGCUUUCAGUUCGUCAGGAUUGGGAGCAUAGCUGUCAGUCAUGCUGGCAGGAACAAGACGACAGGGUUUGGGGCUGGAGAGACUGAUGAGCUCUUGUCCUUGCUGGAGUGAAAAGUGACUCUUCUGCUGAGCAAAGAUGAACACUUCAACCAAAUCCGUGGAGGAACUUUAUUGCCGUCUCUAUGUUUGGAGAGGGAAAGCCCUUUCUUGCUCAGCUCAUAAUUAAUCAAAGACUAUUUUUAGACAAAAAAUCUGUAUCUGUACUGUAUGUACAAACUUUGUUUUCUACGUCAUCCCACAGAACUGUUGAACUGCUCCGUCCUUGACUUCUGCAGGCACCCCUCUUUCUGUCUCCUCACAAUUUGUUGACUUGGUAGUCAGAGCAUGUUUGCACUCUUGUCCACACAUUUCCCCGCUUUUUAAUUUAUGCAAAGCCGGGAUUAGUUGGACCUCGAGGAACACUGUUUGUUUCUUUUAUUCAUCGUGUAAACAAAAACUCUUCCCUCCUGCCAGAACAGCAGCUCACGGAUGACAGCCAAAAGUGGUCUCGUUUGUUUAAACCCAGCUCUGUGUAUGGCCUCCAAGCACAAUGCCGUAUUAAAGUAUUCAUUUUGUUUCA